GACACAGACCGGUAGAUUAUUUCACCGACAUAGACUGACUGGCAUCAGAAAAGCAUCAGAAAACGCCAUUGCCAAGAAUUUCUAUUGACAGAUUACAAUUGUUGAGACAAAAACUAACUAAACAUCUGAAUUUGAUUUGUAAUUUGAUUUCACUGCGUUGAUCUGAUCUUCGUCAUCGACUGUACUUGGAGCGUUUAUUGGAACUGAUACACGGGGAAAUCGAAGUUCUUUCGUCUUCACCUCCAUCUCCAAGGAAUGCCAAGAGAGCUGACUCAGAACAGAAUCCAAAAGAUCUGGAUUCCAUCUAAAGAUGAUAAACCAGCUGUACCCAAGAGAGCUGGUGGGGGCCCACACCUGGCCAACCCCCCCACGGUUAUCGUGAUGGUGGGUCUGCCUGCUCGGGGGAAGACUUACAUGUCCAAGAAACUGACCCGCUACCUCAACUGGAUUGGCAUGCCCACCAAAGUCUUCAACGUGGGGGAGUACCGUAGAGAAGCGGUCAAAAACUACAGUUCCUACGACUUCUUCAAGUCUGACAACGAGAAUGCCGUGAAGAUCAGACAACAGUGUGCCUUGGCUGCUCUCAGAGACGUCAAGUGCUAUUUGACAGAGGAGGGGGGACAGGUGGCGGUGUUUGAUGCUACAAACACGACGCGCGACAGGCGAGACAUGAUCCUGGAUUUCGGCAGCGAGCACUGCUUCAAGGUUUUCUUCAUUGAGUCAGUGUGUGACGAUCCUAGCGUCAUCGCCUCAAAUAUAAUGGAAGUGAAGGUGUCCUGCCCGGACUACCAGGACUGCAACAAGACAGACGCCAUGUUGGAUUUCCAGAAAAGGAUUGAGUGUUACAAAGCUCACUACGAGCCCCUGGACCCUGAUGAGUAUGACAAGGAUCUGUCCUUCAUUAAGGUGAUCGACGUGGGCAGGCGCUUCCUGGUGAACCGCAUCCAGGACCACAUCCAGAGUAAGAUCGUGUACUACCUGAUGAACAUCCACGUCCAGCCUAGGGCCAUCUACCUCUGCAGGCAUGGGGAAAGCAUGCACAACCUGCAGGGGCGGCUGGGGGGAGACUCUGGACUGUCUUCACGGGGCAAAAAGUUUGCGGCUGCCCUCUCCGGGUUUGUGGAGGAGCAGAACCUGAAGGGUCUGAAGGUGUGGACCAGCCAGAUGUGUCGCAGCAUCCAGACGGCUGAGGACCUUGGGGUGCCCUACGAGCAGUGGAAGGCCCUCAACGAGUUAGACGCUGGUGUGUGUGAGGAGAUGACCUAUGAGGAGAUCAAGGAGAAACAUCCAGACGAGUUUGCUCUCAGAGACCAGGACAAGUUCUACUACCGCUACCCCACAGGAGAGUCCUACCAGGACCUGGUGCAGCGUGUUGAGCCGGUCAUCAUGGAGCUGGAGAGGCAGGAGAACGUGCUGGUCAUCUGUCACCAGGCCGUCAUGCGCUGCCUGCUAGCCUACUUCCUGGACAAGAGUGCAGAUGAGAUGCCGUACCUGAAGUGCCCGCUUCAUACUGUGCUGAAGCUCACCCCCAUGGCUUAUGGGUGCAAAGUGGAGUCCAUAUCGCUGAAUGUGGAUGCUGUGAACACACAUAGAGACAGACCUGAGGAGGUGAAGAAGGGUCCUGGUACUCUGUUAAGGAGGAACAGUGUGACCCCCCUGACCAGCCCAGAGCCCAACAUCAAGAAGUCCCGCAUUGACGAGCUGGACGAGCCCCCCCUACAUGAGCUGCCCCCCUCGCUGUCCCUCUGCUCCCCCACGCUUCUCCCCCUCGCCCUGGCUGGACAGCACUGGCUGGGGAAAGUUUGCCUAACCUGAAGAGGAAGUCUACGGACUGUCACAAAGUCUUUCAGCUCUGCCAAUGAGACGCCAGAUAUCCCAGGAUGUGACAAGCGUGUUGCCACGGUGUUGGUCCCUUCCUCUCUCUGGACAUCCCAGAGACAUCCCCUUUCUGUUUCCUUCUCAGACCUGAGAGUGUGCUCGGCAGUCUGCCAGGAGGCCCCGGCUCUGAUGCUCCCAAUGGGGAACAGCUGAUCAGUAGAAUCAUCUGAAGCUCUGUCAGAGAGCCAUGCAAAGGAUCUUCACCGUUCCAGAAAGGGGCUUCUACAAAUCUUUUCUAUGAAAUAUAACCUCAUGCGCAACGAACGUCUUGUAAAAUUUGGACUGACUAAAGCUGUGUUCUCGAUCUUGUCACAACUGCCCUCAACCGGAUCCACGUUCUCAUUUCUCUGUCGUCGCUCAUCUUGCGAAGAACUGUUGUCAUGGCAUUGUUCUUAGAAUUUAUGUUAGAUCAUUCUGUUCCUAAUUGAAUUCCAGUUUAGACAGGUUUAAUGGGCAAUCAGCACGCUUCUCUGAUCCAACCAAAGAACACGAAGUAGGUGGAGUUCCACUGUGCACGUUAUCUAAGAAAAAACGUAGUUUGGAUUAUUACAAAGAAAGUCAUGCAUUUUCUGUUUGGGUACUUGCAUACCUUUUAUGUAGCAACACCUUUUGUUCUUAUGUAGAUUUUUUUUUAAAUCAGUUAUCAUUUUUGUUCAGUGUAUGUGUGAAAGUACGGUAUGUUGUUGGUGUGUGGCCACAUAGUGGUUGUGUUUACCUCUCCAUCUUGAGAGGUAUGAAGGAGAUUAUAAUUUAAACCUAGAGUGCCUAGUGCUUGUCCUGCAAACUUAAAGCUGCUUAAUGUACAGUACAGCCCAUAUCAAUACACUCAGCUGCCUACCCAUCUGCAGACAAAUCUUCAGGCAAUGCACAUAGCCUAUGACAUAUCACUGUACAAAUACACUUAAAAAAAUAUAUUUAUCAUUUUCUUUUGCUUGAUUUUGAAAUCAGUGCUGAUCAUCUGAGUGGGACCCUGAUCUGAGUGGUUGGGGAAAUGUCAUUGCAUGUGUGAGCGCCUAUAUUUUUGUUAUAAUAUGUUAAUCUGUAAUUAGCUUUUGUAAAUUGCAUUGUACAUAUGAGGAUGGUAGGAGGAGGGAAGCCGAACAGUGCACAGGAAUGUCUGCUCCAUGAAGUGACUCGGAUGGAUUUAAGAAGGAAGUGUGAAAGAAACAGCCAGAGGAUCUAUUUUACUGCUACGGCUGAAUGAUAAAACAAAUGACGAUAAAAUGACAAAUGAAAUAACUAUAUCUUUAAAUGGCAGUAAUACUUUUGUUUGCUUCUGAUACUUGAACUCCGUUUUUUUUUGUAAGAAAUGUUUUCUUAAACUAUUUA